AUGGCGCCGUUCUACGCAAAGACUCUUGCAAUGUAUUCUGAAAACAGAGUGAAGGACGCGCAUACAAUCAUCGAUUUAGCCAUGUACAAUUAUGAAGAGUUGAAAGACUUGGUCAACCACCGGUCGUACAAACUACGAAAAAAGUUGGACCUUUUCUUAAAUUGGCUUUUUCCUAAAACAUGGAUUCCUCGAUAUUCGAUGGUCACGUUCACGAGAAUGCCGUACCAUCAAAUUGUAGAGGACCGCCGAUGGCAAGAUAAGGUAAAUUCUUGUUUUCCUUUACUCGAACAUGGAGGGAUUUUCCAGUUGACGCUAUCAGAGCAUAGCAGCUGCACUGGACUGUCAUUUGUUGUACAAUGCAAGAAGAGAGGAGUACUAUAA